GCGGAAUCUCGCCGAUCUCGAGACGUCGCGAGAACUUCAGCUUUGUCGGACAAGGAGACACUUUGCUUCAGAAUUUCCCGUCUUUUCUGCUGGAAAUAACCGAAAAUAAGCCCGGGCGAAGUAACAGACGCGGGCUGCAAUGAGUGAGGAUAAUAACGAGAUCAAAGGAGAGCAGGAAGUGGAUCUCAUGGAAGAACUUCUGGACUCGGCAGAAAACUUUGAUGAAUUGAAUGAUGUUGCCGAUGAUAAAGCCAAUAAACGCCGCAAGAAAGUUGUUGACAGUAAGGAUGCCUCAAGUAAGAACAAAAAGGAAGAUUCCAAAGAGAUGGCACUAAAAAGAAGCAAAUUAAAGGAGAAGCAGGAUGCUGCUCGAGCCAAAAGAGAAGGGAAAAAGAAAGUGAAAACUGUUAAGAAGGAUGGUGAAGGAGAUGACGGAGGCAAGAUAGGGGAAGAAGAAGGAGAUAUGGAGUUUGAUACAAGGAGUGAAGCAUCAUCUGACCACCAGUUCUCUGAUGAUGAACCAUCUAUGAGCGAGGCUUCACAUGCAUCUUCCAUUUCUCGGGAAUCUUCACCUGAGAAGGAAGAUAUUGAAGAAGAAAAAGAAACAAGAAAAAGGAAACACAGUGCAUCAGAGACCUCAGUGAAGAGUAAUGACGAUUCACCGGAAAAGAAGGUAAAGGAGAAUACAACGAAGAAAAAAUAUGACUACAUAACCAAAGUAAAUUACAUGUUCCGUGAUGCACGGUUCUUCCUGAUGAAGUCCAACAACGGAGAGAACAUUGUUUUAUCAAAGUCCAAAGGUGUGUGGUCUACACCUCCUCAGAAUGAAGCAAAGCUCAAUCAGGCUUACAGGGAAGCUAGGAAUGUUAUCCUUAUCUUCUCCGUUAAAGAAAGUGGACGUUUCUGUGGAUUCGCACGCCUGUCAGGGGAGUCAAGACGAGACCUUCCCCCAGUGUCCUGGGUUUUGCCUCCAGGAUUGUCAGCUCGUGCUUUAGGGGGAAUAUUUGAGAUGGAUUGGAUAUCUAGAAAGGAUCUCUCCUUCACCAAAACUCAGCACCUUUAUAAUCCCUGGAAUGAAGGCAAACCAGUAAAGAUUGGAAGAGAUGGUCAGGAGAUUGAACCAAGAGUAGCAGAGGAGCUUUGUCGACUCUUUCCCAAAGAUGACGGGGUUAAUCUCACACCAGUCUUGCACAAAAGCAAGCGAGCAGCACGGGUUGCUCGGGCCAGGGGGCCUCUCCGCCGGCCACUUCAACCAGCAGGAGACCGCCGUGGCCCCCAGAGAACGUGGAAACUUCCGGGCCCGGGGACUCAGUGCUGGUCUCGGGUUGAAGUUGUGUUGUGGAAGGAGAUGUAUGGUAGCAUUCUCUAUGGUGGCAACAGUGUGUCUUGCAUGGACUCGCUCAAGCAUUCAGGACCAAGUGUGUUGGAGAUCAUAAGUUCACACCAGAGAUUAAUAGAUGUUAACAUAUUUUCCACCAGCGCCAAAGCGCUCUAUCAGCAUUUACGUGUUUCGUGGUCUGAACCAUCAUCUCCAUUCUUUGUAUUUCUUCUCAUGACCUGGGAGUAUAUGAAAGCUUCAAAAUAUACCAGUGUUACUGGGUUAAGCGCAUACAAUAAAUUUUUGAACGAAGAAGGGUUUGCUUUCACCAAGUGCUUGUGGCUAGGUGUGGUUAUUAUGCUCUAUAGAAUCGAUAAUGUCUCUGGAGGGUGCAACGCUCUCAGUAACAAUUACCAACACAGUGAAGGCCUCGGAGGUUCCAAACAUGGCCUCAUUGUCCUGCUGGUCCUGACAAGUUGUCUGGACAAGCAAAAGGAGUUCCAAACGCAACUUUAUGCAGGUCGUUCUCCCAUUACCCUAAUAUGGGAGGCCAAAAAGUCAGUUGUCAUCAUGUGUAAUUAUAAUUUUCCUAUUUUGAUUUUUACAGGAGAGCAGGAAGUGGAUCUCAUGGAAGAACUUCUGGACUCGGCAGAAAACUUUGAUGAAUUGAAUGAUGUUGCCGAUGAUAAAGCCAAUAAACGCCGCAAGAAAGUUGUUGACAGUAAGGAUGCCUCAAGUAAGAACAAAAAGGAAGAUUCCAAAGAGAUGGCACUAAAAAGAAGCAAAUUAAAGGAGAAGCAGGAUGCUGCUCGAGCCAAAAGAGAAGGGAAAAAGAAAGUGAAAACUGUUAAGAAGGAUGGUGAAGGAGAUGACGGAGGCAAGAUAGGGGAAGAAGAAGGAGAUAUGGAGUUUGAUACAAGGAGUGAAGCAUCAUCUGACCACCAGUUCUCUGAUGAUGAACCAUCUAUGAGCGAGGCUUCACAUGCAUCUUCCAUUUCUCGGGAAUCUUCACCUGAGAAGGAAGAUAUUGAAGAAGAAAAAGAAACAAGAAAAAGGAAACACAGUGCAUCAGAGACCUCAGUGAAGAGUAAUGACGAUUCACCGGAAAAGAAGGUAAAGGAGAAUACAACGAAGAAAAAAUAUGACUACAUAACCAAAGUAAAUUACAUGUUCCGUGAUGCACGGUUCUUCCUGAUGAAGUCCAACAACGGAGAGAACAUUGUUUUAUCAAAGUCCAAAGGUGUGUGGUCUACACCUCCUCAGAAUGAAGCAAAGCUCAAUCAGGCUUACAGGGAAGCUAGGAAUGUUAUCCUUAUCUUCUCAGUUAAAGAAAGUGGACGUUUCUGUGGAUUCGCACGCCUGUCAGGGGAGUCAAGACGAGACCUUCCCCCAGUGUCCUGGGUUUUGCCUCCAGGAUUGUCAGCUCGUGCUUUAGGGGGAAUAUUUGAGAUGGAUUGGAUAUCUAGAAAGGAUCUCUCCUUCACCAAAACUCAGCAUCUUUAUAAUCCCUGGAAUGAAGGCAAACCAGUAAAGAUUGGAAGAGAUGGUCAGGAGAUUGAACCAAGAGUAGCAGAGGAGCUUUGUCGACUCUUUCCCAAAGAUGACGGGGUUAAUCUCACACCAGUCUUGCACAAAAGCAAGCGAGCAGCACGGGUUGCUCGGGCCAGGGGGCCUCUCCGCCGGCCACUUCAACCAGCAGGAGACCGCCGUGGCCGCCCCAGAGAACGUGGAAACUUCCGGGGCCGAGGGGACGUAAGCUUCAGGUGCGUCACUACCACCAAGGUUCAGUCACGGCUUGGAGAGUUACAUAUCAUAUUGAUGUUGCCAGUGAUGGCUCUCUGGGUAAUGAUAGCUUCAUCUCUCACCAGUGCACAACUAGUACCCAUCACAUUACAUAACACCACACAUGUUGCAUAUUCAUCACAAACAACAGUCAGUGCUGGUCUCGGGUUGAAGUUGUGUUGUGGAAGGAGAUGUAUGGUAGCAUUCUCUAUGGUGGCAACAGUGGCAACUAGCAGAUAA